CAUCUAUCGCUUUAUUGGUGUCAGUUUUAAAAUGCAUAAAUCCAUGAUUUGGUGUUUUAUGAAUAGGAAUUAAUUGUAAAUGCCAUUUUCAAGACAUUGCUUGCAAUCUUUGACCAUACAUACACUUACAAAUUAUAUGCAUCGAUAAAUAUAAGAAAUUGUGUGGGGCUAGUGGUAUAUAAACAUGAUUCCAUCGAGUAAUCAAAAUCCUUGGAGUACUCCGGGUUCAGGAGGGAAUGCAUUUUUAUCAAGCAACAAGCCACUCAUAGCUGAUUUGGCUCUUGCAGCCCUUAAGGAACGCGGUGAAGUCAAGAAGAAACGAUUGUGCCCUCAGUUUCGUACAGAUCGUUCGCUAUGUUUAAUGACCAAGAAGAAUCCUCUCAGGAGAGUUUGCAUAUGUAUUGUGGAUGCACGACCAUUUGAAUAUUUUAUAUUAGCAACGAUACUGUGCAACUGUUUAGCACUAGCAUUUAAUCAUCCUUAUCCCGGAGAAGAUUCAAACAAAGUAAAUUAUGUUUUGGAGAAAAUUGAAUAUGCAUUUGUUGUAAUUUUUACAACUGAAUCUGCUUUGAAAAUUAUUGCUUAUGGAUUUGUUCUUCAUCAGGAUGCUUAUUUAAGAAAUUUUUGGAAUGUUCUAGAUUUCAGUAUUGUAUUAAUAGGUCUAUCUUCAAAAUUACUGGAGAAUAUGAAUGUGGAUGUUAAAGCACUUCGAGCAUUUCGAGUAUUACGACCCCUACGGUUGCUUUCUGGUUUACCAAGUCUUCAGGUUGUGCUCAAUUCUAUUAUCACAGCUAUGGUUCCUUUGUUGCAUAUUGCCCUGUUAGUGAUAUUUGUGAUUAUUGUCUAUGCAAUUGUUGGUCUUGAAUUAUUUCAGAGUAAACUCCAUCUUACAUGUUAUAAAAAUUCAUCAAAUAAAAUUCCUGAAAUGAUGCCAAAUCCACGACCAUGUACAUUUGAAACAUCGGCUAUGGGAUUUAAAUGCAGUGAACUUGGAUCAGAUUACUUUUGUGCAGAUAUGUAUGGUAAAGAAGGUGAAAGGUAUACAGGUCCAGAAGGUGGUAUUAUUAGUUUUGAUAAUUUCUUGUAUUCUAUGCUCACUGUCUUUGUGUGCAUUACAAUGGAGGGAUGGACCCAGACUGGUUAUUAUGUGUCUGAUGCGAUCGGUUCUUGGUGGCCUUGGAUUUAUUUUGUGACUCUUAUUCUACUGGGUUCAUUCUUCGUUAUGAAUCUUGUACUCGGAGUCUUAAGUGGAGAGUUUAGCAAAGAAAAAGAGAAAAUAGAUCGUACUUUAUUAUUUCGUAAAGAAAGACAAGAAAAACGUGAACAACAAGAUUAUAUGGGUUACAAAGAAUGGAUUGAACUAGCCGAGGAGCUCAGUGACUCUGAAGGCGAUGACAAAGGAAGUGAGGAUCUGGAAUCAGUUAGCGGUGGUGAUGGGAUAGUCGAAGAAGAACCAGAGAUGCAUGUUGAAGAGGUAGUGAAAACACACUGUCAUAGUACCCUACGUCGUCUAAGAAAAUUUCGCAAACGUACACGCCGAGCUGUCAUCGCUUUUAUCAACAGUCGGCAGUGUUUUGCAUUGGUUAUUAUCUUGGUCUUUCUCAACACAGUCGUUCUGACUACUGAACAUCAUAAUCAACCGGAGUGGUUAGAUGAAUUCCAAGACUUUGCUAAUGUGGUAUUCGUUACGCUUUUCACAUUGGAAAUGGUCAUUAAGAUAGCGGCAUCAGGUUUUUCAGAUUAUAUUUCAAAACUUUUCAAUCGUUUCGAUUUCUUCGUUGUCAUAUUUUCCAUAUUGGAGUUAGUUUUUGUCAAAUCUCGUUUACUCAAUCCAAUGGGUGUUUCUGUGUUACGCUGUGCAAGAUUACUCAGAAUAUUUAAAUUAACUCAAUAUUGGGAAAGUCUUCGAAGUCUAGUGGGUAAAUUAUUGAAAUCUGUACGAUCUGUUGCCAGUCUGUUGCUUCUUCUGUCCAUAUUUAUUCUUAUCUGUUCUCUACUCGGUAUGCAACUAUUCGGUGGACGAUUUAAUUUCAUUGCACAUGAAAAACCAAGAGCAAAUUUUGAUGGAAUUUUACAAGCUAUGCUGACUGUAUUUCAGAUCCUUACCGGUGAAGAUUGGAAUGAAGUUAUGUACAAUGGUAUGAGAGCGUAUGAAAAUAGUCCGUGGUAUGGAGUUGUGGUUAUCUACUUCAUAUUUCUUUUCAUAUGCGGCAACUAUAUUCUAUUGAAUGUAUUUUUGGCUAUCGCUGUGGAUAAUCUGAAUGAGGAUGAAGAUGAAGAUGAUGAUGGUAAUGGUGAUGCACAAAAGAAACAAAUUGAAACAUCAGAACAUACAGAAGUUGUUGAACAAGCUAAACCAGCUGAAGAGGAGAAACAGAAUGACUUAAACUCUCCAAUGAAGCUAGAGUACAAUAAACCGGAAAAUGAGGAUCAAACAUAUGAAGAAAUGUUUGCUGAAGAAGAGGAUAUUGAAGAAGAAGGAGAUCUAGAUGAUAAAAAUGGUGAUGAUCAAAAAGAUAUGUCACCACAAGAUAGUCGAACUAUGCCACCACAUUCUGCAUUCUUUAUAUUUGCUGAUACUAACAAGUUUCGAAUAUUUUGUCAUAAUGUGGUCUGCUUCUCGCAUUUUGGGAAUAUUGUACUUGUUUGUAUAUUGGUGAGUAGUAUCCUUCUUGCUGCAGAAGAUCCAUUACAUGCUAAUUCAAACAGAAACAAAAUUUUGAACUCGUUUGACUACUUCUUCACUAGUGUAUUUACUGUUGAAAUCACACUAAAGAUGAUCUCCUAUGGAUUUGUCCUUCAUGAAGGAGCAUUUUGCCGUAGUGUAUUUAAUCUACUGGAUUUAAUUGUUGUGUGUGUUGCAUUGGUUUCAUUCGUUCUACAAAAUCAAACAAUUUCAGCUGUAAAAAUUCUCAGAGUUCUCCGGGUUCUUCGUCCACUAAGAGCUAUCAAUCGAGCCAAAGGAUUAAAGCAUGUUGUCCAGUGUAUGGUUAUCGCGAUCAAAAGUAUUGGCAAUAUUGUACUAGUCACAUUUCUGUUGGAGUUUAUGUUUGCCGUUAUCGGUGUACAAUUGUUCAAGGGAAAAUUUUACUCAUGCACAGAUAUAUCUAAACAUGUAGAAGCAGAUUGCAAAGGUCAAUUUAUUGAAUACAAAGAUAUGAGUUUGGAUAAUCCUGUUCUUAGUGAAAGAGAAUGGAAAAAUUCUGACUUUAAUUUUGAUAAUGUACCAAAUGCACUACUGACUCUGUUUGCAGUUUCAACAUUUGAAGGUUGGCCUAGUUUAUUGUAUAGAUCUAUUGAUUCAAAUGCAGAAGAUCAAGGUCCAAUAACAAAUUAUAGACCAGUUGUUGCAUUUUUCUACAUAACAUUUAUCAUUCUCAUUCCAUUUUUUAUGAUUAAUAUAUUUGUGGGUUUUGUCAUUGUGACAUUUCAAAAAGAAGGUGAAGCUGAAUACAAAAAUUGUGAAUUGAAUAAGAAUCAACGUAAAUGCAUAGAAUAUGCAUUAAAAGCCAGACCACGUCGACGUUACAUUCCCAAAGGACAUUUACAGUUUAAAAUAUGGUCUGUAGUUGUGUCGAAAAAAUUUGAAAUAUUGAUAUUUAUAUUUAUUUUUAUAAAUACUGUGGCACUGAUGUUAAAAUAUGAUAAACAAGGUAAAUACGAAGCAAAGAUAUUGGAUUCAUUCAAUUAUUUCUUUACUGCUGUGUUCACUGUAGAAUUUGUUCUACGUUUAUCUGCAUUCAGUUUUCGACAUUAUUUCAGCGAUAUAUGGAAUGUGAUUGACUUUGUCCUAGUUCUGGGAAGUUAUAUAGACAUAAUAGUUACACAGUCUGAUAUCAGUCAAGUAAAAUUUAGUGUAAAUUUCUUCCGAUUGUUCCGCGUUAUGCGAUUGAUUAAACUGUUGAGUAAGGAAGAAUCUAUACGUCAGCUCCUUUGGACAUUUAUUAAAUCUAUACAGGCUUUACCGUAUGUUGCUCUACUCAUUGCAAUGAUAUUUUUCAUUUAUGCUGUGAUUGGUAUGCAACUAUUUGGUCAAAUAUCAAUUGAUGAUAAUCCAUUAGAAGAUGAAGAAUGGCCUAUUCUGCAUAGAAAUAAUAAUUUUCAGAAUUUCUUUUACGCCCUCCUUGUAUUAUUUCGAUGUGCUACAGGAGAAUCAUGGCAAGAAAUUAUGAUGGCUUGUAGAGAAGGUCAAAAAUGCUCUAAAGAUGCAGAUGAAACAGAGGUCAAUGGAUGCGGAUCCAAGUUGGCUUAUGCCUAUUUUAUUAGUUUCCAUGCAAUUAGUGCAUUUCUAGUUAUCAAUCUCUUUGUGGCUGUCAUUAUGGAUAAUUUCGAUUACUUAACUAGAGAUUGGUCAAUUCUUGGACCACACCAUUUAGAUGAAUUUGUUACAAAAUGGGCAGAUUAUGAUCCGGAAGCAAAGGGAAGAGUUCGACACUUGGAUGUUGUUACUAUGCUUGGUAAAAUAAGCCCACCACUUGGUUUUGGUAGUAUGUGUCCACACACUAGAGCAUGUCAUAAACUGGUCAGAAUGAAUAUGCCUCUAAACAGUGAUGGGACAGUAUUUUUCAAUGCAACACUUUUUGCCUUAGUGCGAAGAAAUUUGAAGAUAAAAAUUCCUGGAGAUGCUGGAGAGAAAGAAAAAUCGCUGGAUCAAUUAAAUGAAGAACUACGUAUUGUAAUAAAGCGUAUAUGGAAACGAACAAGUCCAAAGUUAUUGGAUCAAAUUAUUCCACCAAAAGGUAGUGAUGUUGUUACUGUUGGAAAAUUCUAUGCAACUUUUCUCAUACAAAAUUGGUUCCGUGAAUGGCAAAAACGUAAAAUGAUUCAAAAGGAUACAAGAUAUAUUCCACAAAUAAUGGCUGGAGAUCGUGCAAUGCCUCAUCAACCUACUAUAGUUGGAUUUCCUAGACGUUGUUCUUCAGACCUGACUGGUGAUGAAAUUCAACGUCGACGAGGAGUAGAUAAGCGUGAUACAUCGGGUGGAAUUUUCGGUCGUACUCUAAGUGAAUGGACUAGACGCAGGAGUAGUAAACGUGUUACAGAUCGUCGAGACCAAAAUUUCAGUCAUAUAAAUGGAAUGUAUGAUAUGCCAGGAAAUCAUUUAAAAAAUGGUAUGGGAAUAUGGAAUGAUAUGCUUUCAAGUGCACAAGCUGGUAAAACUGCUCAUCCUGCUGUUGUUGCACUUAUGGAGAAAGAGAAAAAAGAUGCUGAGGCUAGGAAUAUUGCAAAUGUUAAUCGUCUACCCGAUGUACAUAAUGAUUCGUCAAAGUUAGACUAUGAUCCAGAAUCUGGAAAGUUGUUAAACAUUGCUGGUAAUAUGUUAGGAUUUUUAAACCCAGGAAAUUAUCGUUCCAAUGGAUUACCUCAGACAAAAGAUAGAACAAGUAAUACUCCAUCAGUUGAAGAUUUAAACAUGGCACGUAAAAUGUUUGUAGCAGCUAGGCGCGAAUCCCUUUUGUCAAAUAGAAAUGGGCCAUAUUUCUAAUCAAUAAAUCCAGUGAUUACUGGUUAUCACCAUUGGAAGAUAGCAAGAAACCAGAAUGUGUUGGUAAUAUAACACAAAAAUGAAUUGUCUUGAGUUAUUGCAUUUCUAGGUUUAAAAUUUAUCGUCUUUCACAGUGUAAUUUGCAUAUUCAAGUAAUCCUAUAAAUGUGAACAUAUGUAAUCAAAUAUUAUUUUAGCAAAUCCUAUCACAUAAAAUAGCAUAUGCAUAGGAAUAUUGUGCAAGUAACAGACCUAUUCAAAUUGAAUGCUUGUUUUGUUUUUUCAUAUUUAUUCCCUUGUAUCUUCUCUUCUGUUUAUCUGUGUGGCUCAAUCAAUUUAUGUCUCUCUGUACCAUAAUAUAUUCCAUUCUUCAUCAUCACUCAACUUUUUAAUUAUAUUUAAAUUAUGCCUGUCCUUUUUUUGUUGUUUGUACGUAUCAUUAGUGCAAAUCUUAUGUCGAUAAUUUAUCCGUAUCUACAUCCUCUCCUUUUGUACAGUUGUUAAUUAAGCUCUCACUCAAAUGCUUCAAUCUUUUUCUCCCACAUCUUAAAAACAGACUUUAUGUAACCCCCAUAACCCUGUUUCUGCUAGUUUUACAACACUGAAGGAAGAAUUCAUAUUCAGUAUGAAUUAUAAGCAAUUUCUAAUUUUAAUCAAACAUUAAAAAAACCGGAAUCAUGUGAAUAAAUCAUUGUAGAAAUGUAUAAACUUACACAAAUAUUAGUUUGCGUUGUUUAACCCCUUUCCUUGCCCACUUAUUUUACAAUCUAUUGCUAGAAAUAAACGUUGACCCUGUAUUAUUCUAUUAAGUAUCUGUAAAUCCUGUUAAUACUGCUCAUAAGUAGUUGUUCACUGAAGUGUUAACAAUUGUUUAAAAAGAAUAGCUGAAAAAUUAUUUGUUUACCCAUUUAUUUGUAUUGAUAAUCAGGCAUGUAAGCAUGU